AUGGGGCGCCGCCGCCGCCGCUCGGCUGCCGUCUUGCUGCUGUACUAUAUACAAGUCAUUAUAGUCGGUCGAGCUCUUUCUGUGGGAACACAAACUGACCCUGAGGUGUACUCACUCUGCAACAUCACCCGGACCAACAAGACGAAUGCAAACACGGUCUUCAGCGAUACAGGCCUAGGCUUGGUCUUCAACGGCCGCUUCUUCAACGACACUUCCUUAUUCAAAGACGCGUGGCUCUUCAACAACACAUUUUCCUGCAAUCUCACCGAACCAGAAUGGAUGUUAACCAACGAGUCGGUUGUAACGCCAGCCCCUGACAUUGCACAUGAGGCAUCGACGGUGCAAACCGUGGUGUUCGUCGGGAUAUUCGGCAUCUCUAGCAUGGUAGGAACCGUCGGCAACGCUGCUGUCAUCCUGGCCUUCUGCCUCUACAAGAAGGUUCGCACCACUGAUAACACCUUCAUCCUGAACACCAGUAUCUGGGACCUGGUAACGUCUGCCGUCAUCAUCCCUUUGUUCCUCUCUUCUACGAUGACCGGCCUACCGAACUGCGGACAAGCUUGCUGUGCCUUCAUAGGCUUCCUGAGUCUGUUUAGCAUGACUCAGUCAUUGUUAUCCUGUGCCCUGAUUGCCUUUAACCGUUAUGUGCACGUUGUGCUCUCACUAGCCACUUACAAGCGCUUGUUCGGUCCUGUCAAGGCCUUCCUCUGGGUGGUUGGGGUAUGGGUGAUCGGUACUCUGGUCAUGUUACCUGCUAUCGUAGGUGUAUACGGCAGUUUGGGAUGGGACGCGGAUGCAAAGCUAUGCCAGAUGUCUAAUGAACCCAAAAGUUUAUUGUUUUUCAAAAAUGUCCUGGCGUCACUGCACUGGACCACGUUGCUGGUGAUAUCUGCGUUCUACGCCCGAAUCUACCUGCACGUGCGCAAAAGUGCCAUGGCCAUCGGCCAGCAUCUCGGCCACAGCCCCCAGCAAGUGUCCCUGCAGGCGGUGAAGCGUACAAAACACAUGUUCUACAUCUUCUUCACUCUGUUCACCCUAAUCUCUCCAACCAUUGUCAUCAUGCAAGUGGAUCCCCACGGUGUCUCAACCCCUGAAUUAGUUUUCUUAAUCAUUGCCGCGAUGUAUUACUGGAACACCGCAGUCAAUCCCAUCAUUUACACCUGGACCCUGAAAGAGUUUCGGCAAGGGUUCAAGUCCCUGGUCCGCUGCAGACGACAUAUUAUCCCUAACCCCCCACCUCACCAACCUGGACCUGCGCGAACCUCUCGAUCACCGAAAGUCUCACAACCAUUGACGGUCACUGAACGCGUUCAGCAGGCAGGACCGUCAAUGCCAUUGGUAGAUACCUGA